AUGACUCGGCUGUCCAACCUGUUGCUGCUGUGCGUGUUUUCGCUGGCCGGGGCUCAGAUUGAGCUGGCAAAAAAUUACGUCUGCACCGAUGACUUUUGCGAUAACUAUCGCGAAAACAGUCAAUGCGACACGCUGAAGACGGCUUGUCGGGCGCAAAAUUCCACCCAUAAUGGCAUCAUUUUCCCGUCCGCAACGCCCUGCUCCUGCUGCCAGACGUGCGUCGAGAAUCUGCGUCUCGGCGACGACUGUUCCGUGGGUGGACUGGGCUAUCCGGUGCCGGCGGGCAUCUGCGGACCGGGACUGUACUGCAAGGUGGGCGAAGGGGACGAACAUCCGACCUGUCAGCCGAUGCUGGAAUCAAGCAAAUGUUUCACCGCUCAGAAGGAAUACGAUGAUCAACGGGAGGCUGGCCUCAUUGGCCAUUUGAUGCAGCGGCCGGAGUGCGACGGUGAUGGAAACUUCCAACCAGUGCGCUGUAUACCGGGUCAGACAUGCUUCUGUGUCGACGAUGAAGGGAACAGGAUCUUUGGGGAGGCCGUCCAUACCGCCAACAUACAGAUAUCGAUGAGAUGUGAAUGUUCCCGACUGGCAGCGAAGGCUCGCAAACUGCUUAACUCUCAGUAUCCGGUGCUGAGUGCCCGGUGCGACUCGAAAGGAUCCUACGAUCAGCUGCAGUGCGUCGGCGAUAUGUGCGUCUGCGUCGACAUGCACACCGGCCAGCCGACGUCCGAUCUGCGGAACGUCACCAAGGGGGUUUCCAUUCUGCCGUGCUUUGACAAGCGGCUCCACGAGAACUUCACCUACCUGCGGGACUGCGAAACCGUGAAGCUCGCCCAAAUCUACGACAUCGUCGAGUUCACCGACCACGACUUCAACGUGCUCGAGUUCGACCGUGACGUGUGCCAACCGGACGGUUUCUACGAUCGCAUUCAGCUCCAUCCGACCGGCGGCUACCAGUACUGCGCGGACAAGGACGGCGCCAUGAUCGAGAACUUCCAGGCACCGCGGAACACGCGCCUCGCCGCGACCAUGAACUGCAAGUGUGCCAAGGCGAGGAAGUUGCUGCUGGAUAGCAAAAGUCUGGAGGUUCCCGAAUGCUGCCCCAAUGGUAACUACAAAAGUUUGGCGUGCCGUCGCGGAGAGUGCUACUGCGUCGACGAGGAUGGAGGUCAGGUUGGGAUCGAGCGGCCGGAAAAGGACAAACAGAAGCUUCCGUGCUACAACGGGGGAGAUUAUUGUCCACUCGGAUGAGACUCAACAAGUGCCGGGUAGUAAAAGUUACGAACGUCGCGAAUUCGUCCCGUUGUUUGCUUGAAUUUCAAAAGAACCUUCCGGUGAAGUCAUAUUUUGACACGUGUCAAACAUCCGAAGGUCUCCAGGGUG